AUGGAGGCGAACCCAGCGGGCAGCGGCGCCGGGGGCGGCGGGAGCGGCGGCCUGGGGGGCGAGGACGGGGUCCACUUCCAAAGCUACCCCUUCGAUUUCCUGGAGUUCCUCAACCACCAGCGCUUCGAGCCCAUGGAGCUCUACGGGGAGCACGCCAAGGCGGUAGCCUCGCUGCCCUGCGCGCCUGGGCCCCCGCCGCAGCCGCCCCCGCCGCCGCCCCCGCCGCAGUAUGACUACCCGCCCCAGGCCAGCUUCAAGCCCAAGGCCGAGGCCCCCUCCUCGUCCUCCUCGUCGUCGUCGUCCUCCUCGUCCUCGUCGUCGUCCACCCAGGCCAAGAAGCCCGACCCGCCGCUGCCGCCCGCCUUCGGGGCGCCGCCACCCCCGAUCUUCGACGCGGCCUUCCCGGCCCCGCAGUGGGGCAUCGUGGACCUCUCAGGCCACCAACACCUGUUCGGGAACCUAAAGCGUGGGGGGCCGGCCGCUGGGCCGGGGACUGCGCCGGGGCUGGCCGCGCCCCCGGGGACCCCCGGGCCACUCCCUGCCGCCUCGCAGGCGCCGCCGGGCCCGGCGGCGGCGGGGUCAGCAACCUGCGAUGCGGCCAAGGACGACAAAGGCUACUUCCGGCGGCUCAAGUACCUGAUGGAGCGGCGCUUCCCGUGCGGCGUGUGCCAGAAGUCCUUCAAGCAGUCCUCGCACCUGGUGCAGCACAUGCUGGUGCACUCGGGAGAGCGGCCCUACGAGUGCGGUGUCUGCGGCCGCACCUACAACCACGUGUCCAGCCUCAUCCGCCACCGCCGCUGCCACAAGGACGUGCCGCCGGCCGCGGGCGCCCCGGCGCCGCCGCCGCUCCCUCCGCUGGGCCUGCCCGCGCCCGCCGCGCCCUCCUCGGCGCCCCCGGGACCCCCGGCCGCGCCCGCCGACGGCAGCGCGGCCCCCGCGGGCGUGGGGGUGGCCCCUCCGGCGGGGGCGGCGGCAGCGGCGGCGGGGGGCGGCGACGGCCCGUUCGCCUGCACGCUGUGCUGGAAGGUGUUCAAGAAGCCCAGCCACCUGCACCAGCACCAGAUCAUCCACACGGGCGAGAAGCCCUUCUCCUGCUCCGUGUGCAGCAAGAGCUUCAACCGCCGCGAGAGCCUCAAGCGCCACGUGAAGACGCACUCCGCCGACCUGCUGCGCCUGCCGUGCGGCGUGUGCGGCAAGGCCUUCCGCGACGCCGCCUACCUGCUCAAGCACCAGGCGGCGCACGCGGGCGCGCCCGGGCCGCGGCCCGCCUACCCCUGCGAGCUGUGCGGCAAGUCCUACUCGGCGCCUCAGAGCCUGCUGCGCCACAAGGCGGCGCACGGCCCGCCCGCCGCCCCUGAAGCGCCCAAGGACGCGGCAGCCCCCGGCGCGCCGCCCGCGCCCGCCUUCCCGCCGGGGCCCUAUCUGCUGCCCCCGGACCCGCCCGCCUCCGACGGCGAGAAGGCGGCGGCGGCGGCGGCCGCGGCGGUGGUGUAUGGAGCCGUGCCCGUCCCGCUGCUGGGCGCCCACCCGCUGCUGCUCGGCGGGGCCGGCCCCGGAGGGGCGGGGGGCUCGGGCGCCGGCGCGCCCGGCAAGACGUUCUGCUGCGGCAUUUGCGGGCGCGGCUUCGGGCGCCGCGAGACCCUGAAGCGGCAUGAGCGCAUCCACACGGGCGAGAAGCCGCACCAGUGCCCGGUGUGCGGGAAGCGCUUCCGCGAGUCCUUCCACCUGAGCAAGCACCACGUGGUGCACACCCGCGAGCGGCCCUACAAGUGCGAGCUCUGCGGCAAGGUCUUCGGCUACCCGCAGAGCCUCACGCGCCACCGACAGGUGCACCGGCUCCAGUUGCCCUGUGCCCUGGCCGGGGCCGCCGGCCUCCCCGCCGCCCAGGGCGCGGCGGGGGCGGCCGGCCCGAGCGGCUCGGCCGCGUCCGGGGCCGCCGCUGACGGGCUGAGCUACGCCUGCUCGGACUGCGGCGAGCACUUCCCGGAUCUCUUCCACGUCAUGAGCCACAAGGAGGCGCACAUGGCCGAGAAGCCCUACGGCUGCGAUGCGUGUGGCAAGACCUUCGGCUUCAUCGAGAACCUCAUGUGGCACAAGCUGGUGCACCAGGCGGCCCCCGAGCGCCUGCUGCCGCCCGCGUCUGGCGGCGCCCAGCCUCCGGAGGGCUCGGGCGGCACCGACGCAGCCACCGUGCUGGACAACGGGCUGGCCGGGGAGGUGGGGGCAGCCGUGGCGGCACUGGCUGGGGUGUCCGGGGGCGAGGACGCGGGCGGGUCCGCGGCGGCCGGGGGCGGCGGGGGCGCCAGCGCGGGCCCUGAGCGCUUCAGCUGUGCUACCUGCGGCCAGAGCUUCAAGCACUUCCUGGGCCUGGUGACCCACAAGUACGUGCACCUGGUGCGCCGGACCCUGGGCUGCGGCCUGUGCGGCCAGAGCUUCGCGGGCGCCUAUGACCUGCUGCUGCACCGGCGCAGCCACCGGCAGAAGCGGGGCUUCCGCUGCCCGGUGUGCGGCAAGCGCUUCUGGGAGGCGGCCCUGCUCAUGCGCCACCAGCGCUGCCACACGGAGCAGCGGCCCUACCGCUGCGGCGUGUGCGGCCGCGGCUUCCUGCGCUCCUGGUACCUGCGGCAGCACCGCGUGGUGCACACGGGCGAGCGCGCCUUCAAGUGCGGCGUGUGCGCCAAGCGCUUCGCGCAGUCGUCCAGCCUGGCGGAGCACCGGCGGCUGCACGCCGUGGCGCGGCCCCUGCGCUGCGGCGCCUGCGGCAAGACCUUCCGCUACCGCUCCAACCUGCUGGAGCACCAGCGGCUGCACCUGGGCGAGCGCGCCUACCGCUGUGAGCACUGCGGCAAGGGCUUCUUCUACCUGAGCUCUGUGCUGCGCCACCAGCGCGCGCACGAGCCGCCGCGGCCCGAGCUCCGCUGUCCUGCCUGCCUCAAGGCCUUCAAGGACCCCGGCUACUUCCGGAAGCACCUGGCGGCCCACCAGGGCGGCCGGCCUUUCCGCUGCUCCUCCUGCGGUGAGGGAUUCGCCAACACCUAUGGCCUCAAGAAACACCGCCUGGCGCACAAGGCCGAGGGCCUGGCAGGGCCGGGCGCAGGGGCCGGCCCGUUGCCCGGGAAGGACGCCUGA